UUCACUCGCAACCAACUGUGUAAACAACAAAUAAAUAAAAUAACACCAUGUAUAAAACAAUUCUGUUUUUAGCUCUUUUGGAAAUAGCGUACAGUGCUGUGCAUUUUCAGCCAUACGUCGAAAAACCUGCCGAGUUUGCCAACCAAGAAGGGUGCUACAUUCCGGAGCUGAAUAAGGUGUUGCCCUACGAGGAGCCCCACAGGCCCGCAGACGGCAAACCGUGUGCCAUUUACGUUUGCCACAGCAAUAACGAAACCCAGAUUGACACGUGCGGCAACGCCGUAGUACCCGACGGUUGCCGUCGUGUCAUCCCGACUCCUGAAAAGACAACUGCAGACAACUGCUGUGGCGACAUCAUAUGUGAUUAGAAUAGGCUUGAAUCUUCCAAGGAUCUUGCAUUCA